AUGGAUUUAUCUUGGAACAAAAUCUUGAGAAACAUAUUGCCAUUCAUUGGGGCCUUUCAGCGCCUUAGCUCUCUAAACUUGUCAAGAAACUCAUUUGAAGGUACCAUUCCACAAUCUUUUGGUGAUUUGAUAGCAUUGGAAUCUAUAGAUCUCUCUUACAAUAAUAUAUAUGGUAGCAUACCCAAAUCUCUUGAGAAACUUAGGUAUCUCAGUUAUUUGAACUUGUCAUUCAAUAAGUUGUCGGAAGAGAUUCCAAGUGAAGGCUCUUUUGUAAAUUUCACUACAAAAUCUUUCUUUCAUAAUGAAGCACUUUGUGGAAGCCCAUAUUUACAAGUCCCACCGUGCAACCAUGGUACCAAAAAAUCGAAUAUGAAAAAAAUUGUGCUCACAUGUGUCGUAGCAACCACUGUUUUGGUGGCAGUUAUUGGAUUCUUAUAUAUGCUGAGAAAAUAUCAACAAAGUAAAGUGCAGACUCUUGAUUCUGUUGAAUUGUUAUCGACCGUGGAGCACAGAUUGAUUUCAUAUCAGGAGCUUUGUGUUGCUACAAGUAAUUUUAGUGAAGCAAAUUUGCUUGGAGUAGGAACUUUUGGUUCUAUUUACAAAGGAAUGCUUUCGGAUGGGACAGAUGUAGCAGUAAAAAUUCUAAAUUUGCAAGUUGACGGAGCUUUCAGAAGUUUUGAUACAGAAUGUCAAGUGUUGCGAACAGUCCGUCAUAGAAAUCUUGUUAAAGUCAUAAGUUCAUGCUUUAACCCUGAGGUAAGAGCAUUGGUUUUAAAGACAUAA